AUGAUAAAACUCAAGUUAGUGACUUACCCUGUAAAAGUCAAGGAUGGUUCCAAAGGAACGUUAAGCUUCUCGUACCGGUUUAACCCGGUAGCACCACUUGAUGAUAUGUCCCCAUCGGCCCCGGACUACUCGCUUUGGUUUGGUCAACCCGUUCACCCAACUCCGGAUCCAGCAAGUUCAGGUCAUCAUGUUUACCUAAACACAGAUCCAGCGAGGUUAGGUCAGCCCGUUUACCUAAAUACGGAUCCAGCAAGAUCAGGUCAGCCCGUUUACCUAAAUCCGGAUCCAGCCAGUUUAGGUCAGCCUGUCAUGUUUUCCCCUCAAUUUCAAACCACUAUGCCGAAACUUAAACUUAUGCUUGUGAUCAAAUCCGCUAAAGACAUAAAAAGUGUCAGCAUAGGUAACGACAUGAACGUGUCCGCUUCGGUUAUGAUCCGUGGCGGUAAAGCAAGAACUAAAGAUACAGUCAAUACCCCUAUCACCUAUUGCACCUAUAGAAACCCGAGAUGGGACCACGAAGUUGAGUUUUGUCUCGACGAGAAGCUAGUUCAAGAGGGUCGUUUGACACUCGUUGUGAAAAUAAUUGGCGUGCGAGCGUUACUUGGGGAUAAAGGAGUUGGUGAGGUCGUAGUCACGAUUCAGGAGCUUUAUGGAUUAAACCCACCGUCUCCUCUGCCAUCUAAAGGUGAUGAUGGUCACGGUAUGAGUUUGAUGACCCGGGAUGUGACAGUUUCUUCAGGGAGAAAAGGAACAUUGAGCUUCGCAUAA